AGAAGCAAAGUGAUCGUUUCUAGCUCAUCAUGUUUGUUGCAAACAUAAUAUUGGGCUUUGUGUUGGUUUCGACUUUAACAUCGAAGGUGUACAGUACUGAGCCAAAUGUAACAGAUAAGAAUUGCGGUGGAUUUGCAUUUGAAAUGUUAGUGACUAAGUUAGAAUAUCUUCAGCACACACUAAGCGAGAUGGAUGCCGCGAUGAAGCAUACCGAAAAGACACUAUUUCAGGCAAUAAAUCAGAUAGGUCAAACACUUGACCAGAAGCUGUCACAUCAGGAAAACCUGACGCAAGGCUUAUUAACAGUCAUCAAUCAGCAAAGCCAGACGAUGGUGAACAAUCUUACCACAAUGCAGAACCAUUUCAAUCACAUGUUUUCGAAUCAUAGCUGGUCGAUAAACGAACUGAUGUGGAAUGAGAUUAGAAUGCUUGCAUCGAAAAACGAUGUACCAAGAUCUAAGAUCGAUUCCGGUGAACAUCCUCAAGCUGUAACGUUUCGAUCGUGCAAGGAAAAUCCAUCGCAGCUGUCCGGCAAGUACAUCAUUCAGUCUACCGAAGCCGAUGAACCGUCCCUGGGAUAUUGCGAACAGACUGCAUUUGCAGGAGGUUGGUUGGUGUUUCAGCAUCGUUACGAUGGAUCGGUCGGCUUUUACCGCAACUGGACCGAGUAUCGGGACGGGUUUGGAAGCAUUGAUGGGGAGUUCUGGCUCGGGUUGGAGCAGUUGCACCGUUUGACGUCGGCACGAGUGUACGAGCUCUUGGUGGAGUUGAAAGAUUUUUCUGGAAACUACAUGUAUGCACGUUACGAUGAAUUCGCGAUCGGAAGUGAGGCGCAGCAAUAUCAGCUAACGAAGCUGGGAUCGUACAGCGGUACGGCAGGAGACUCAUUAAUUUAUCACAAAGACGCGAAGUUUUCGACGAGGGAUCGAGACAACGAUGACAAUCAGGGGGGAAACUGUGCUUCCCGGUGCAGCGGAGCAUGGUGGUACAAGAACUGUGCCGAUUCCAACCUUAAUGGCGUUUAUAUGAGAGAAAACGGAGCCAAAGCAAUGAGCUGGUACCACUACAGAUUAUCUAGAUUUGGUUUAGCUUACUCAAGACUGAUGAUUCGUGAAAGACAACAGAUCAAUAAAAGAAAUGGAUAAAGUA